GUGAAGACUGCAGCCUUUUUUCCUCCUUGCAGCCACAGCGUCAGAAGCAGCAGCAGGAGCAGCAGCACAAAGAAGGGGAGAAAUGGCUGGCUAGAUCUGCCAGCCGCUUCCUUCCUGACUGAGAAAAAUCACAGCUUUGACAAAGACUAGAAACCGACCGUGGGUGGUGGUCACAGCAGAAAUACUGUCCCGGUCCCAGCCCAGCCCCCUCAAGUGGCCCGGGAUGCAACAGGGGGCACAGCAGCACCCAUGGCCUUCAUGUCUCGAUUCUCCCGGAAUACAUCCAGACCUCCUGUCUGGAGGACUCAUGAUGACACAGUCAACCAUCCUAUCCUCAGUGUUUUUGAGCUGGAGAGACUCCUGUACACAGGGAAAACAGCCUGUAACCAUGCUGAUGAGGUCUGGCCAGGACUUUACCUGGGAGAUCAAGAUAUAGCAGCCAACCGACGUGAGCUGGCACGACUGAACAUCACUCACAUCCUCAAUGCUUCUCAUAGCAAGUGGCGGGGAGGUGCAGAUUACUAUGAAGGCACUGGCAUCUGUUACCUAGGCAUUGAGGCACAUGACUCGCCCACCUUUGAUAUGAGCCCCUACUUCCAGCCAGCAGCAGAUUUCAUCCACAAAGCACUGAGCAGGAGUGGAGGGAGGAUCCUUGUCCACUGUGCUGUGGGGGUAAGCAGAUCAGCCACCCUGGUCCUUGCCUACCUCAUGAUUUACCACCGCUUGACCUUGGUGGAGGCCAUAAAGACCGUCAAGGACCACCGAGGCAUCAUUCCCAACCGGGGUUUCCUGCGCCAGUUGACUACCCUGGACAACUCCCUCAGGCUGAAGCGGAGACCAUAAGCGGAUGAGUCAUUGGGAAACCAUGACAGUGUAGUUUCUGUUGGUAGACAUGAGGCAUUUCUAGCCUUAUUUUGGGCUCAGGUAACCCUGACCUUCCACAGAUUCUGCCUCAUAGAAGUUCAGCUACAACAUUUCAAGAUGUACAAGGUCAUCAACCUCUAAUGUUCUCAGAAGUUAGGUUCAGGUGUCAUCUGGAAGUGAGCAAGUUCAGGUUUCUGAGAGGAAGAUGUUUUAUUUCUCCCUCUCCCAGUUGGCUUUCAAGAGCCAUUUUCCAAGACAAUGUCCCAACCUCAUACUGAGGAAGCUUUAAUGCUGAAAUUCCCAUGGAGUAAUAUGUGUUGUGACCCGUUUCCUCCUAUUUGCUUCUAGCUUUUGUUUUAAAAAAGUGGGCAAGCCCCAAUGUAUUUUAACAAUCAAAAUAAAGUUCUACAGAACAUAAAGGCA